AUGUUUGGUCAAGGUAAUCGGUUUUACAAUCCAAAAGAUGGAACCUAUGCAAAUGUGCCUUUCGUGCCAGUACAUGUGGAGAAAUUUCAAGGCAAACGGCGAUAUGGAACAGACGUUCUGAUCGCGAAUUGGUUUGAAGAUCGAUCGAAAUCACAUGAUUCCAAUUAUCUGCAUGAUACGACUUAUCGUAUUGAAUAUCCUGCAUACGAAGGCUGUUUACCUGAUACAUCACUAAGACGUAAACUACUUUUAUCCCAAGAAGAACGAUCUGGACGUAUGAUUUACGGUCAUCAUAAUAUCGAUGAUCGCAAGCAGCUUAUCACCAGUUACGAUGAACACUACAACAGGCGAGGACCUUACGGACACGAAAGAUUUCCAGACGAACGAAAAUGGGCAUUACAAAAUGAUUGUUGGUUACCUGAACACAGUGAUCACCCACUCCAAGGUGAACCUACGCGUUUGGGUCCAAUAGCCAAACAACAAAAUGCCGAAAGACAUCCCAUCCAUAUCAAUCGCACAGAAAAUCAUCCGUUUCAUCGUUCGAAAACGUUACCCGAUAUCAGUGAAUAUACUGAUCGAUAUAUUCCUCAUGAACGUCGUUUAUAUGCGGAAUCUAAACGUGUUGGUCUCGAACGUAUCUAUUCAACUGCACUCGAUCAAACCAAUGCUACUAAUAAAGAUAUUAACUACCGUUCGAUAACAAACAGUAGUAAACGACAGCCUACGACGCGUGAUGCGAAAGAAAUUGAUUAUCUUCGUGCGUACCAACGUGAUAAGAGCAUUCCUCGAACAUACUAUUACCUCGGUAAAGUUCCAGAUGCAGUUACUGAUAAAAUGCGUGAAAACUAUCCAUUUUUACCUUCGCCAUUAAACUCUAUCGAACAAAUUAAAUCUUCCACUAUUGAACAAUUACCAAAUCAACAAGAACAAACUGUUUAUUCUUAA